AUGGACCCCUUCGAGGACACGCUGCAGCGGCUGCGGGAGGCCUUCCGCGAGGGGCGCACGCGGUCGGCGGAGUUCCGGGCGGCGCAGCUCAAGGGCCUGGACCGCUUCCUGCGGGAGAACCAGCAGCGGCUGCAGGAGGCGCUGAUGCAGGACCUGCGCAAGUCAGCCUUUGAGGUGGAGUUGUCGGAGAUCAGCAUCAGCCGCUCCGAGAUUAACUUGGCCCUCAGGAACCUGCGAUCCUGGAUGAAGGAUGAGGAGGUGCCCAGGAACCUGGCCACCCAGCUGGACUCGGCCUUCAUCCGGAAGGAGCCCUUCGGCGUGGUGCUCAUCAUCGCCCCCUGGAACUACCCCCUGAACCUGAUCCUGGUGCCCCUGGUGGGCGCCAUCGCUGCGGGGAACUGCGUGGUGCUGAAGCCCUCGGAGGUGAGCAAGAACACCGAGAAGAUCCUGGUCGAGAUGCUGCCCCGCUAUCUGGACCGGAGCUGCUUUGCCGUGGUGCUGGGCGGGCCCGAGGAGACGGGGCAGCUGCUGGAGCACAAGUUCGACUACAUCUUCUUCACGGGGAGCACUCGAGUCGGCAAGAUCGUCAUGGCCGCGGCCGCCCAGCACCUGACGCCCGUCACGCUGGAGCUGGGGGGCAAGAACCCCUGCUACGUGGACGAUGACUGCGACCCCCAGACCGUGGCCAACCGCGUGGCCCUGUUCCGCUACUUCAACGCCGGCCAGACCUGCACGGCCCCCGACUACGUGCUGUGCAGCCCCGCCAUGCAGGAGCGGCUGGUGCCCGCCCUGCAGGACGCCAUCGCCCGCUUCUACGGCGAGGACCCCAGGGCCUCCCCGGACCUGGGGCGCAUCAUCAACGACCAGCACUUCCGGCGGCUCCGGGGCCUGCUGGGCUGCGGACGCGUGGCCGUCGGGGGCCAGAGCGAGGAGAGUGACCGCUACAUCGCCCCCACGGUGCUGGUGGACGUGCAGGAGACGGAGCCGGUGAUGCAGGAGGAGAUCUUCGGGCCCAUCCUGCCCAUCCUGACCGUGAGCAGCCUGGACGAGGCCAUGGACUUCAUCAACCGCCGGGAGAAGCCGCUGGCGCUGUACGCCUUCUCCCGCCGCAGCCAGGUGGUGAAGCAGGUGCUGGCGCGGACCAGCAGCGGGGGCUUCUGCGGCAACGACGGCUUCAUGCACCUGAUCCUGGCCAGCCUGCCUUUCGGAGGAGUGGGGGCCAGCGGCAUGGGCAGCUACCACGGCAAGUUCUCCUUCGACACCUUCUCCCACCGCCGCGCCUGCCUGCUGCGCAGACCCGGGCUGGAGAAGCUGUACUCCGUCCGCUACCCGCCCUACUCGCCGCGCAACCUGAGGGUGCUGCUGGUGGCCAUGGAGACCCGGGGCUGCAGCUGCACCCUGCUCUGA